AUGCCGUCCCUAGAUGUGAGCGAGUUGAAUAUAGUCGUUUCUGUGCUUGGCGCUUUCACUGUGAUAUACGGCUUGGUUGCUGUCAAGUUAAAGGGUGUUUGGUAUCUUGGGGAGGCAUUGCCUGCGGUUCUCGUCGGUACGAUCUUGGGACCUAUCGCAGCGAGGUUCUUAGACGCGAAACGAUGGGGAUCAGCUACCCCAGACCAACAAGAUGCAAUAACUCUUGGUGUGAUGAGGGUUAUGAUUGGUAUUCAAUUAGUUAUUGCGGGAUACCAAUUACCUGCCAGAUAUCUUCAACUGCACCAUAAAGCGUUAAUCGUCUGCCUUGUUCCUAUCAUGGCAUUGAUGUGGCUGGCAACCUCCGUUUGCGUACUCGCAACGAUCCCGAAGAUUUCGUUACUUGCAGCUCUUGUUAUGGGGGCAUGUGUUACAUCUACAGACCCAAUCCUCUCGCAAGCAGUCGCCAAAGGCCCAUUUGCUGACAAGUAUGUGGCUCGGCCUCUCCGAGAGAUCAUUUCAGCCGAAGCUGGCGCCAACGAUGGCUUCGCUUCCCCUUUCCUCAUGCUUGCUGUCAACCUCCUACGCCUUACGGAGAACAGAGAGGAAAAGCUUGUGGAGCGCGGACGAGGUGUUGGCGAGGAUACGCGUGAUGUCGGCAUUGCCUUGGGGAACUGGGUCAUCGAAACUCUUAUCUACAUCGUAUUGCUGGCUGUCGUGUACGGGGCUGUCGUGGGGUAUUGUGCUAGAAUGGGGGUUAGAUUUUCACUAUCUCGAAGAUGGAUCGAUUCAGAGAGCUAUCUACUUUUCCCGACAGCAUUGGGUCUGUUUAUUGUUGGAACUUGCGGAGCUAUCGGUACGAGUGAUCUUCUUGCCUGCUUUGUCGCAGGUUGCGCAUUAAACUGGGACGGUCAGUUCCUCGCAGAGACAGAACGUCGCCAUGACGAAGUUAACUCGUGCAUUGACGUUAUGCUCAACUUUGGCGGCUUUAUGUAUAUCGGUAUUGCUAUACCUUGGCAGGAAUUCCAUCAACCCGCUACUACUGGCAUUACCUAUCCUCGUCUGUUUGGUUUAGGUAUCCUCGUUCUCCUAUUUCGACGAAUCCCUGCUUUACUUCUUACAUAUAAGACGAUGCCAGCAGUUGUAAAAAACUGGAGGGAAGCAUUAUUCAUGGGAUAUUUUGGCCCGAUAGGCGUUGGGGCGGUAUACUAUCUUCAACAUACACGGUUGCUGUUCCCGAAGGAAAAGGCAGCUAGUGCGAGGGAGCGGGAACUCCUUGACGCCAUAUGUCCAGUGGUAUAUUUCCUCGUCCUAUUCUCCAUCGUAGUACACGGCCUUUCAAUACCAAUUCUCAGUGCUAUCUACAAGUACACGAAAGUCCGACCAAUUACCGAAGACGCUGUUGCAAUUAGACGAAGGAGCAUAUAUAUGGCGACUCCGGUGAAUGCUUUUGCGGGGGAUCAUGAUACGUUCAUCGUUUAUAACCGAUUCUUCCGCCCUUUUGUAAACAUGGCGACACUCCCAAUUACACGCUCUCGUAAUCGUAGCGACAACGAAAGUAUCUCAACAGAAGCUGAAGAAGAUAAAAAGCGUUCUCAGUUAGUUAGCAUAAAUAGAAUGAUCGCGAGAUAG